AUGAGGCUGAGCAAGCGACUCUUCCGACCUCGAGAUCUUGAACCCGAGAUCUUUGCCGCACUCAAUCGGCCUGUCUACUUCAAUUCGAGACUCAGCCAUCCGACGCUGUCAUGCAUCGGAAGCCCUGGAGAUGAGAGUCGGUCUACCGAGUGUACAAGCCGUGCGUGUGCCAAGACUCGGCUAUGUACGCUCCCCACCGACGAUUCGUACGACUGCGGUUUCCGCAUCAACUUCACCAUCAUGCGAUCUUUGCUCAAACUGUCUCUCUGGUCGGCGGUCACGGCACUGGCAACUGCAGAGGAAAAGUCGAAUCCUGAACUUUCACCACCGCAGUGUGCCUCAUCCACAUUCAUAAAAGGACUCGAGAAUCAAGUGGCAGGGUCAGGCAUCGACAUCCUCUCCGUCACAGCAACACCACAACAUGACUUUACAAGCAUCAGAGGCACUCCUUUGCAGCCAGCCUUGAGUGGGUUGAGUUUUUGCCAGGUCAAGGUGCAUGUCACACACCAAGGGACUAACGACAAAGUCCUGGUUGAAGCAUGGCUUCCGUUGACUCACGACGACUGGAAUGGCCGGUUCCAGGCAACAGGAGGCGGAGGCUUCGAGACUGGCAUGUUUGGCGCCCACCUCGGGCGAGCCGUGUUGGAUGGCUGGGCUGCUGUGUCCACGGACGGGGGUUCUGGCAGUGAGAACUUAUCUCGAGCCGCAGACGUCAGAUGGGCAUUGAAGGACAGCAAAGAUGGCUCGCUCGACUGGAACCUGCUGCACAACUUUGCGUCGCGGAGUGCCGUGGACCAGAUCGGCAUUGGCAAGGCCAUCACGCAGCUGUACUAUGGAAAAGCACCACACCACUCGUACUGGAACGGAUGCUCGACGGGAGGAAGGCAAGGCUACAUGAUCGCACACAAGUACCCACAUCUUCUGGACGGCAUCCUUGCAGCGGCUCCUGCGCUCAACUUUGUCAACCUCGUUACUGGCGAGUUCUGGCCUCAACUGGUGAUGAACCAACAGCAGACAUUCUUGUCCAACUGCGAAUUUGAGUACUUCAGGAUGCAGGCGAUCGAGAAAUGCGACAUGCUCGACGGCGUGCGCGACGGCAUAAUCGACGAUCCCGCGUCGUGCGACUUUGACCCGUUUGAAAUCAUCGGCCACGGGAUUCAGUGCGACGGAAAGCACGUCGGUAUCACGGUGGACAUGGCCACGGUAGUCGACCACGUUCUCAAAGGCCCAAAACAGGCACCGUGGGGGCCCAUCUUCUACGGGCUGAAUCCCGGCAGUCAUUUCGAAGCUCUGGCGAACAUUAGCAUUGCAGAAGAUGGCGCACGAUCCCAAAGCCCACUCGGUAUAUGCGACAGCUGGAUGAAGAACAUACUCCUCAGAGACCCUGCAGCUCGGUUGGAUCACCUCGACACCACCUCGUACUUUGGACACUGGGCGCAGGCAAACUACGAGCUCGGCGGCCUUCUCAACACUGCAGACCCUGACUUGUCGCUCCUGAAGGCUUCAGGGACUAAGCUGCUCACGUGGCAUGGUACAGACGACGCGGGCAUUCCGUAUCAGAACACAGUCGAGUACCGAAAGAGGGUGGAGGGCGUCAUGGGGGGCGCACAUGCUGUAGACCAGUUUUAUCGGCUCUUCUUGGCACCCGGCGUCGACCACUGCGGAGGUGGCCCCGGAGCCAUUCCCAACUCUCUUGCGACACUCGUCGACUGGGUCGAGAACGGCGAAGCGCCUGAAACGAUGGAAGCAGAGACGACGACCGCAAGAGGUGAGCUGGUCACUAGGAAUCUCUGUGCCUUUCCCGGCAAGUUGAAAUACCUGGGCAUCGGCGACGCGAACAGAGCCUCGAGCUGGAGCUGCGUUGGGGGGACGGAGAGACCCGAGGCUGUACUCCAGGACCAAGCCAGUGAGCGGACGGGGCAGAUUCUAGGUGGUCUAGCAGACCGUUUGGAGGGUCUAGGACUUGGGUUGAGUAUUGGCUAG